AUAUAUACAUAUAUAUAUACAUGAAGAAUGUUUAGUCCGUUUUAAAUUAUUGAGCUUAUAAGUUAUUAGUUUAUAGUAUUCGACAUAGAUAAAAGAAAAAAUAUAAAAACGACUAUGUUUAUCAAAAGCAACUUGUGUUUAUUUAAUUCCAUCUUCAAAAGAGGAAUACACGGCAAUAAAAGUUUAAUAGAGAAUUGUAUCGAGGUUACAAAUCGGAAUCCACGAAAUUUGGAACGUUUACUAAUAGCUAGGAAGCCUCAGGGAUAUCAUCUCGAAAAACAAUUUCGUAAUUUCUGGCAUAAAUUACAAGUUUCACCGUCUCAACGUUAUGUAGUCGUCGAAAUAGUACAUUUUCAAAAUGGUCCUGUUAUCACUGUGUCGAGUAAUGAAUGGGCACUUAAGAAACUAUUGUACAGAAAAUAUGAUAGUAUGGCGUAUAUUGCUUUGGGACAAGUGCUGGCAGAGCGCUGUUUAGAAAGUGGAAUAAAUGAAAUUUAUUACGAUGAAAGUCCCAAUAGUAAAGUAUCUUUAUUAUUAAAAGAAUUAGAAAAGAACAACAUUAUUCUUCAUGAACCUGAUAGAUAUAUUCAUCCAUACCCUUGGAGUUUAUUCAGACCCGAAAAACCAUGGGAAACUCACGAAUAAUAUAAGUUACAAUUGAAGUUAGUUUUUUUUUUUAAAUAAAAUAUUUCAAGGAAGUUUUAUAAAAAGAAAAGUUAUUUAAUAUUAUUACAACAUACUUGGAUAAAAAAGAAAAGAAACAAUUUUAUUAAUUGCAAUGUAGAAGUAAUAUAAUGGAUUAAAAAAAUGUAUUGAGUUAUUCUUAUUUCGAAAACUUUGUAACAUAAUAUACAUAAAAAAAGUAUACGAAUUUGAGAUGUCUGAGAAUAAUAAAUUAUUCUAUCAAUUGUU